GUUACUAUGCUGUCUUGGCUGCGUUUGUCUUCUCCAGCUGCGACUGUUGACUAUGAGGACGUGCGCGACUGAAAAAUAACGGCAUAGUAUCUGUUCAAAACCUGACUUUCUAAUGCCUGCAUCGUUAAUAUGGCUGGUAUAAACAGAACUAACGGAAGACCCUAUUUUGUCGGUCCGGCAGUCAGCUGCUUACGCCUGCGGCAAGUCCAGGCUUUGCUGAGGGAUGAUGGGAACACAGCUCCAGAUGGCAUCCUCUGCUCGCUAGGCAUCGACAGCCGAUAUAACGAGGGCUGCAGUGAGCUGGCCAGCUACCUCUUCUUUGAUUUAUAUAAACAUAACCAGGAGCAGAUCCCAGAAGACUUCCCUGAGGAGGUGCUGGAUGAUGUGAUCAUUCUGAUAAAGGCAGAGAGUGUGCACCUGUACUGUAACCCAGUGAAUUACAGCUACCUGCUGCCCUAUGUUUCCCACUGGAGGAAUCUGCACCUGCACUGCAUGACUGAGACAGAGUAUGAGGAUGAGGAAGCAGCAGAAGAGUUCAAAAUCUCCAGCUUUGUGUCCAUGGUUGAGGACUGCACUUGUAUUGGAAUACCCUACAGCUCUCAUAGCCAUGUGCAGAAGUUUGAUGUGUUCAUGUUGGAGAAGUGGCCCAUUGUUCAAGCAUUUGCUCUGGAGGGAAUCGGCGCUGGAGGAUUUUUCACCAUGAAAUAUAAGCUGAUUGAUGUGAGUGAACAGCUUUGGCAGAUUUAUGCAAGACUGGACCCAGUGUCUUUGGACUGUCUGCUCAAUGAGGAUUUGCUGUCGUUUGAGAGGCAGUGGAGCUGCUUGUUCUCCAGCUUGGGCAUAGAAAGCGCACUGUCCAUGCAAGAGUUGUCAGAGGCUCAGACUGCAGAGCCAUUCAGAACAUAUUACUCCCAUGGUCUCAUUUCCAGUAACAUCACAGAUAACAGUAAAAGCCGACAGCCAUUCGUGUUGUUUGGAAGUCACUCCUCUAAAGAGGAUCUGGACAACUACUGCUUUACCUUCCCUUCUGAGGGCCACCAGAUCCGUAACACAGGGCCUCAUGGGGGCCCUGCCAAGCACAUGCUGCUUCAGUGUGUCGCUCCUAAGGGCCCCUUGGCCUGUGCAAGAACAUAUUUCUUUGGCAGCACUCAUGUCCCAUACCUAGCGCAUGAUAACACCCAGCAGAUGAAGACUGAACUCCUGCUGCUGUCACAGAUCUAUUCAGCUGCAGUUCAGGCUGUGCUGGCAGGAAUAAAAUGCUUCUCUAUCAAUUCCAGUGCUGGCAAGGCAAAAGAUGUGGCGGAGCAAACGUUUCACCUAGCUUUGGACACAUUUGGCUUGCUUCAGUACAGGAGUGCUCUCAGAUCUAAAACUGUAUUCAGCAUCCAAGCUGUGAACAAUGAGGGCAGAGUCAUGCCUCUCAGCGAUGAGCACAGCCGCUUUCUGGUGAAAACUGCGUCCAUGGUGGUACAUGAUAUUCCAGAUCUCCAGUGGGGGGGAGACAGCCUUGGAUCUGUAGUGUUCUCUGAGUCCUUUCUGGAGUCCAGCAUCUACAUUCAAGAUAGGGAUGGCGCCCUUUCCACAGACAGCUGCUUCACUGUGCUUACCUCUUCAGUCCCACGCCAUAUGUGCUGGCUGGUGGAGGAGUCUGAUGUCAGAUUGUCCGAGCAGGCUCUGCACUUGCUGAAGGAGGAAAAUGGGACAUGUUUGGGCACCGCUCUAACAACAAAAGACUCAUCCCAGGUGCUUUCCAGCAGUCUGCUUUCCACCCCUGAAGAAGGGAAGCUGGUAUUUUUCUCAGAGGGAUUGCUGUUCAUAAGUUCACAUUAUGGCACCAUCACCAUCUCCAAAAACCAUAUCAAGACCAUCAAAGUCUAUGAUGGGGACUCUCUCUCUGCUGCAGCAGUGCUGUUCAUAAAUUAUGGGAGCUCUCUGCUACCACACCUUCCUUUUCAUCUGCACAGCCCCGAUCACUGCUUGGCCAUCACUCUGAUGCCCAAAACAAAGGGAUAUAAAAGCUUCUACUCACAGGUCCUGCAGGUUUGGAAUAAGCCUGAUUCUGGGCUUCGGAUGCAGCAUGUGGCCCAAGACCAGCUGAGUCUGGACCAGAAAAACAUGUACUCUAGAUUACUAAAGCUCCAUGAGCCCCAUGGUUCAUCCACAGCAAGCUCCAGAGCAGCUCAAAGGACCGCUUAUCCAGAGCUGCCGGAGUUGGACAGGUUCCUGAAGCAUUUUGCUGUUAGCAGUAGUGUUUGUGAGGAGUCUGUCUGCAGUGACCACCUAACAGCUCUCUUCCCAAACGCCCACCAUAAACCAGCUCCUUCUGAGUCAGAGCAAAAGGUGGUCCUUUCCAUCAUUUCAGGCUUACCAGGCAGUUAUAAAGAGAGUCUGUGUGAUUUUUUAGUGGAGGUAAAUCAAGAAUGUGGCAGAUGGGAAGUAUACUCCCCUGCCCUGGACUUGGAAGAUCUCUGUGUGCCACAUCUCCAGCGAUUCCUGAGCAGCCUUGUUGCCACACAGAGUGAGAUGCAUUUUAAUACACCAAGAGUGCUACUACUCACACCAGGGUACACUGAUGUGUUGGAUGUGGUCCAAGCUAUCGUAUCUCAUCCAGACCCACGGGUUCAGAGCAGAGUAAGUGUGGGUGCAGUCACAGCCUGUGUCAACCCCCUAGCUUCCUUCAUGGAACACAGGCUUCUUUUCCCCAAACUCUUGGAACAGUGCAGUCAGGGGGUGGUGAAUAAUGUGGUAUUUACGGGUUUGACCACGGACCAAAAGCACCCUCUGCUAAAACACAUGCAGCAGCUGAUCCGUUCAGCGAACCCCAAAGCAGCAUUCAUCCUAGCUGAGAGAGGAGCUGUGACCAGAACUGAAGAUAUGCGGCUGAUUCUGAGUGAUGGUGGUUUCUCCCAGCCACAGAUGAUCAGAGCCCGAUACCUGCUCUACCCUGGCUGGUGGGAGGGCAGAUUUGUGUCUGGUUGUGGAUCUGUCUCCGUGUCUCAACACUAUUUGCAGUUCAGCCGUCCACUAGAGAAAACCUUAUUCCUACAACACUGCAAAGGACUAAAGUCUUCUCUCAGAGGCAGCUCUUUCACAGGAAACAUCUAUCACAUCAGUGGGAAAGUGCUGUUUUCUGACAGUAACAGGUUGAUGGAGGUGAGCUGUAACUCUGUCAGUGGGAGUAUAACUCUUUCCCCUGAUCAGGGGUCCACUUAUAGCCCCAAGACCACAGACAGCUGCUACCUGCUGUUCCAUGGAGUGGGACUCACCCAGCAAGGCCUAAAGGACUGGCUCAGGCAGUGUGCUAAACAGAAAGUGCUAAAGAAAGUUAAGAAGACCAAAAGGACUCUUACACCACAGGAGAUCAGAAACAUUCAUGUGAAGAGGCACCUGGAACCACUCCCUCCUGGUUACUUCUAUAAUGGCCAUCAAUUUGUCAGUUUCUUUGGAGAGAAACAGAAUUUCCACCCUUUGAUGGACCAGUUCAUAGAGGAGUAUAUUCAGGAGGCCAAUAAGGAGAUAGAUCGCUUUAACAGAGAGGUGGACCUGUAUGCACACACUGAUCUCUUCGAAUAAAACUCUUCCACUGUCCAGUUCGGGAAGGGAGGGGUGUUCACUCCAGGACCAUUAACACCUGCCGUCCAAUCAGCUGUUCACUUGAUUGUCCAUGAUGUCAAAAGAAAAAAUCAAAGCACUAAGGGAGGGAAGGGUUAGCCAUGUCGUCAUAAAAUCAGGGAAAACCACUGCAGUCUAGAUGAUGAGGUCUUCACCCAGCUCACUCGCACUGUCUCUCUGUAGAUAUCUCCUGAGAAACAAUCCACCUGUAAAUAGUGUUUCUGGGAGCUAGUUUGUAAAGCACAAUAGGAACACCUGCGUUUGUGUCCUGAGGUUUUAAAAAAGGCAUUUUGCUGCAUUUAUUAACCUUGCCCUGGCUUCUAAAAAGUAUGAUUAUUUAACCAUCUUGUUGUAGGUUCAGAUGGUCUCUCACUACUGUGUGUAUAUAGUGUUAAUAUAAUCUUGAGGAGUUCCUGCAGCAAGCCAUAUGGUCUUUAUUACUACUAGAGAGAUGACAGCAGUCAUUUCACUCUAUUUCCAGUACCAUGUACCCAAAGAAUUAUUGCUAGGCUCAUAGCUGGAUGCUAAUAGAAUUUGUCAACAGGGCUGAAUCUGCUUUAACAGGAGAAGGAUCUGAAGUCCACAACCAGAGGAGUACAGAUGGGGGGACAGAUGUGAUACUCUAUCAGUCUGUAGACUCCAGCUGUGGAGUUGAGGUGAUCAUCUCUCAUCUACUGCAGCACUGAGUCAUCCAGUGACAUCAAGUCACUCUGAAGUGAUCAUUAAAGCAGGUGAUUUGACCACAAGCACAGAAGUCAUUCCAUGCAGGGUGGGGAAUAGGGGGGUUGGGGUAAGGGAUGGUAGUCUCACAGAGUGUUACAGGAAUCUGGGUUUGAAUGAGAGGCUGGGUUGUAGAUGGGAUAGAACAAAUUUGUUGUUUUUCCCUUGUUAUUGCUUAAACCGAGUCUCUAUGAUUGUAGAGGUGACGUGUGAGGGUAGGGAUGGAUUGGCUUAUCUUCUAACUUACAUAAACGUGGCUUGAAAUGUGUGUUGUUAAAGCCUCUGUUACCUGAGGCUAUGACUUGGGUUAGCUGAGGCUUUGAUGGGUUGGGGCGGGUCAUAUAAUAACCAGCUCUCGCUGAAGUGGGAUUAAUAUGUGUUUAUUAGAGCCUGUAGGAGUGGAUCUAAUCUGUGUCAUGCUGUUUGCAGGCAGAUUUAGCUCUUUACCUGGGGUCUCUGUUCUCUAUGCAUGUUUACUCUAACUAAAUACAGACAGCAGGGGAGCAGCAGUGUCACUCUCACAUACACUUUUGUAUUUGACCUUGCAUCUGUAAGAUGAGUAUUAAGAAGCUCGAAAUUUAACGCUUCUAAAGUGCUUACCGCACUGCUAAAGUGUUUGAUAUGAAAAGGAGGGAGGGAUACGCUUCCAAAGAAACAGACACUGCUGCUCUUCUCUGUGCUGCAAGUAUAGUAAUGGAAUUCUAUACACGUGUGAGCACGAUGUGUGGGCUAGCAUCUCUCUCACCAAGCCAUAUGCAGUAUAGGAGUAUGUCAAAGUUGCUGUGGUCAUUGAUAUGCUAGAGAGAUGUGUUGCUGUCGCUGUCCACACUUGUCACUGUUGCUAUGGAGAUUCACUAUAUGGUAAACUUGCCGCCAUCACCAUGGAGACUUGUGACUUUGUACCUUUUUAGCAAGCAAAUGCAGUUUGCCCCAAGAUAGCACAGGCCCUGUUAUGGUGAACUCUGAAAGGACAACACACUGUGAGGAUGUGUGUCUGCUCUAAAGUAAAAGGCAAAGCCGAACCAGCUCGCGCACCAUUGACUGACAGAGCCCUUAUGCUGAGCAGUUGCUCAGAGUGGAGUUACACAAUCCCUAUUGCACCUCAGACACACAUUAUCAGAGUGGUAUCAUUGUCAGAGCCAGGCUCAACACAGCAGCUGUCCUUAAAGGGUAUAGGGCUAUGUAACACUUAUAUAAUCUGUAGUUGAAAGUAGCAGUAAUUUUUAGCACAUACUAUCUGCAUGUGUUAAGAUGUCUUACUAAGGUCUAUUUAUACCAACACAAAUGCCUUUCACCAAGCUGGUACUACAAAGAGAAAAAUCAGUCUAUUUUGCAUAUCUGAAGAGAAUUGAAUUACCUUGAGACAGAAAAAAUGUAUUUUUAUAAGGCUGUGAAUUUAAAAUUAAAGAAAUACAUUAAAUGAAGGGGGUUUGCUGCUCCUCUAUGAAGAACAGAAGUUUUGUCAGAGGCUUCAGGGAAAGCUGCCACAGCAGUGCCUUGGCCGAGAGGAACAGGCGUUUCGCCAGGCAGAGUCGAGCGCCAGUGUUGGUGAAAGGAUAAGCAGAGUCUUUGUCUUAUAUGUGAAGGGUCAGGGGGGAUGCAGGCUGGCAGGAGGGCAUUGGAGGGCAGCAGAGCAAAACCUUAAACAAAGACAACCAAGUGUCAGGGCAAAGCCUGGGCUUGGAUUAAGUGGCCAUGGUAGGCGUUCUUUAAAAGACAGCCCCAUGUCAAACUUAUUUAACACUUAGAUGGAUGAAUGCAGAUUUGGCCAUGGGGUCCUCCUUGUUCUCUUUAUUGCAAAGAGGACCUCAAUGAGGCCCUCCAGGCUGUCCCCAUUUCUGCCUGCUGGAUACUCCCCUGGCCAUUGUACCUGUGGAGCUGAGGUUAGAGGACUAAAACAGAGUUUGGUGUUUAAGAAAGAAUUUGCCUUUAUAUGUGAAAAAUAAGCUUAGAUUAGAGGUUGCAUUGUUGUUUGGAUUAAAGGGAUAUUUUGAAGUUGACUUUUAUUAUAUUUUAUUUUAUUUUAUUUUAUUUUGUAAGCUGAAGAUUGGCAGCAGAGUUCUAAGGCCAUUCCUUCAAACUGAAGCACUUUUGAGACUGUAAUCAGAAACGUCUCCACUUUGGCCUCUAAUGGAAUAAUAAUAAUAAUAUACAGCAAUAUCUCUAACUUGCUGUAGAUACUGAAAACUUGUUCCCAACCAAAGUAUCUCACCCCUGUUCGUUAACCACCCCUUAAAGUCUGUUGCUUAUUAUUAUUAAAGCCUGAAUUGUCUUUCAGAGGCUGCUCCUGCUUACAACUUCUUAAGCCUAGAGUUAUCAGGGUUUGAGCGCAAUUGGCGGUACCAGCAUAGAGCUGUUUUCUGCUGUUUUUAACUUUUGACUAAAACGCUCACCAGAUAUUGAUCGUGCUUUUUAGGCUAAUCAGGUUACAGUAGCUGCUGAGAGGGGUCCCAUUAGGAAAACAGAAACUAAAGGGCUAAUAGAUUUAAAUUGCUGCUGAUGUUUGGUAGGGAACAAGACUGAGGUAAAGAAUUCCAAGACUAAAAUAGAAAUAAGCAACAUGGUAUUGUUCGCACAAAGCCGUCCCGGUUCUGGAGAGAGAGGGAUAUCACUGAAACUUUUAGUUCCAGAGGGGAAUAAUGUGUUAGAAGUGAGGAAUUCCCAAGACUUUACCUCAGAAUUAGAAUAUCUAUUGUUAAACUGAAAAGGAUUUCAGAAAGUUCUACUUGAAAAGUGCCAAAAUGUUUUUAUUAUUUUUAAGGGGUUCACUAAAGCAUUUGAAAAUUCAAGUAAUUGAUUGUAUUUGCACAAAACUACUGUAACUCUUGUUUUCUCCUGUGACUGAUGCUUUUUCUAAUCUAUAUGUUGUAUUUAUGAGACGGAAUAAUCCAUUAAACUAUUUAUAAGCAUCCUCUGCUAA